UUUCCAAAAUAAAAGAAUUAAUCGACCCGUAGACCACUUCAAUGGGUCGUCGUCUCCUUCAUCAGCAAUGGACUAAAAAACCCAAAAAUCCAAACUGAGUUACAUUAAACCUUAGAGCAAAUCCAGCCACCGUCAACUUCCAAAUCCAUGACCAUGGCCAGAAAUCUUCAUCAAUUGGAUCCUCAAACGGCGGCGGAAAAGGCGGUGUCGGUUAUCGGAUUCGGAUAUGACUUAUCCAAUGAUAUAAGGCUAUCGGCUUGCAAGCCGGGUCCUUCCGGUUCGAGAUUGAUCGAACUUGACUCAGCAACGAGUCGGGACCUGGUUUUUCCUGGUGGGCUUGUUGUUAAAAAUGUGCCCAGUUCGAUUAAAUGCGAUAAAGGCGAGCGUACCAGGUUUCGCUCCGAUGUUCUUUCUUUCAAUCAGAUGUCGGAAAAGUUCAACCAGGAUCUGUCAUUAUCCGGCAAGAUUCCUUCCGGCUUAUUCAAGGCCAUGUUCGAAUUCAAGGGCUGCUGGCCGAAGGAUGCCGGUGCCACAAAAAGUCUUGCUUACGAUGGUUGGUUCAUAACGCUGUACAACGUCGAGCUCGAAAGAGCGCACAUAACUUUGUCCGAGCGUGUGAAGCAAGAGGUUCCUAGUACAUGGGACCCUGCUGCCAUUGCCGAGUUCAUUGAAAAAUAUGGUACUCACGUUAUCGUUGGGAUUAAAAUGGGAGGCAAAGAUGUUAUACACAUAAAGCAAUCAAAGAAUUCUAAUCUUGAACCUGAUGAAGUGCAAGAAACUUUAAAGCAAUUAGCUGAUGAGAGGUUCCUGGAAAACGAAGAAACUCCGGAAUUAUCGGUAAAACCAAAGGAAGUACCUUAUAUGCCCUGGGACCUUCAAGGCAUGCUUGCUGCAUCAGUUAGGCCUCCUGUUGUUACUCGCUCGAAGAAUAAUGAUAUGGUGAACAUUUAUAUUCGAAGGGGAGGUGUUGAUUUCGGUCAAAGCCAUAGCCGGUGGCUUUCGACUAUAUCGCAGUCACCCAAUGUUAUAUCGAUGUCCUUUGUGCCUAUUACUUCUCUACUGAGUGGUGCUCGGGGCACCGGAUUUUUAAGCCAUGCGGUGAACUUAUACCUACGAUAUCAACCACCGAUAGAGGAACUCCAUGUAUUUCUCGAGUUUCAAUUACCUCGACAAUGGGCUCCCGUAUACGGCGAUCUGCCUCUCGGUCUCAAGCGAAGGAAACAAGCAUCCCCGUCGCUUCAGUUCACGUUAAUGGGGCCUAAGCUUUAUGUCAAUACCACACAGGUUGAUACCGGAAAUCGACCCGUGACGGGAGUACGCUUAUACUUGGAAGGUAAGAAGAGCGACCAUUUAGCAAUCCAUCUUCAACAUCUUUCAACUCUUCCUACAAUCCUCCGGCUGUCGGAUGAUUACGGUUACGAGCCUAACAACGAGCCCGAACGUGGGUACUUCGAGCCUGUCAAGUGGAGCAUAUUCUCACAUGUAUACACCGCGCCUAUACAAUACAAUGGAAGCCACUUUGAUGAGACUGCUGCUAUCGUAACCAAGUCUUGGUUUGAGGUAAAGGUUGUCGGGAUGAGGAAAGUUCUCUUCCUGAGGCUCGGGUUCUCUAUGGUCGCCUUUGCGAAGGUUCGUCGAUCCGAAUGGGACGGGCCGGCGACAUUGUCACGGAAAUCAGGAGUUUUCUCGACGCUGAUCAGCACAAGGUUUAGUUCAGGGCUGACUCAACUGGAGAAGCCAACGAAAGUAGAUUUAAAUUCAGCUGUAUUCCCCGGAGGUCCGCCUUUACCGCUGAUAGCACCAAAAAUGACCAACUUCGUAGACACGAACGAGACAGUUAGGGGACCGGAGGACUCGCCGGGGUAUUGGGUGGUUACUGGAGCCAAACUCUGCGUGGAAGGCGGCAGAAUCUCAAUCAAAGCCAAGUAUUCAUUGUUAACAAUAAUGUCAGAAGAAAGUGUGAUGUUAAUGUGAGAAAAACUAAAUGGUUGAUUCAUAUGCAUUAUUUGCGCCACUGUAAAUGUUUUCAUGUGCUUCAUUUAUUCAAAA